UCGAAGACGAUGAUGAGACAACCAACAAAGGCUCUUCAUGUCAGCAGGAAGUUAUGAAGGACGAGAGCGCAGCACUUUCUUCCAAUGACAUCAACCCAGGUGUGCCUGAUCAGGAUUCAAACUCUUUUUAUUUACGGAGUGUAUCCAUGGCGGCAAAGAAUCGGGUGCACAGUCUCGUUCUCGAUCUGGUAAAUACAACCUCAUCACAGUUGGAUACCUCCAGCCAUCUGAAUCAACCCGAGCUAACUACGAGUGAGUCUGUGAAGGCUGGUCCAGGUCCAGUGAACGAUGAUUCUUCCGGUUACUCGAAGGUUUUAAUGGUAUCAUUAAAGGGAAAAGAUUCAUCGGAGUCAACUGCGGUGUCUUCAGAAAAGAAAUCUUCACCCCAGGUAAAUGCAUCGAAAGCAUCUCAGGGAUUGGCUGAUGUUGACAUGAAGAGCUACAACACAACUGGGGACUCUUUGGCAAACUCUCAAGUACCAUCAAUCGAAGACGAUGAUGAGACAACCAACAAAGGCUCUUCAUGUCAGGAGGAAGUUAUGAGGGACGAGAGUGUAGCACAUCCUACUAAUGAGAUCAACGUAGUUGUGCCUCAGGGAUCAGCUGAUGUUGAUAUGGAUAACUACGACACAGCUGGGGACUCUUUGGCAAACUCCCAAGUACCAUCAAUCGAAGACGAUGAUGAGACAACCAACAAAGGCUCUNAACCUCAUCGCAGUGCAUCCAAAGAGUGCGCUUCUCCCGUAUGGGAGAUAAAUGAGGUAGGAUACCCUCCCUCGCUCACUGCGCAGAGUUCUUUUAAUCAUUCCCGGAGUGCCCCAGCGAUAUCUGGAGGAUCCAUAGAUAUUGAUCUAGAAACAACCUGUGAUACAGAAGCAACCGGCGAACCUUCCGCACCAUCCUCAGGUGGAUCGAUGAAAAUUGAUUUGGAUACCGCCGAUAAGUCAUUCUUCAGCUACAAGGCAGGGGCGUCCCUCAAAAGGGAGAGUUAUGUCUUCGGUAUACCAGCAACAUCCUCAGAUGUUGAUGUAAAUCAAGUCAUAACGAAAUCCUCCAGGAUUGUUGACUUUUUGAUCGGUGAAUCGCCAUCCCUAAAUGAUGCCAAAGAACAGGGGCCAACUUGGGACUCUCUCGGUGACUCAAGAGUGUCGUCGAUAGUUAAUGAGGUGGAAGCCAGUAAGAAUUCCAUUUUAUGUGAAAUGGUAAAUGAGAGUCCAUCCAUUGAUCAGCAGAGUGAUGAUAAGUGUUACGUCGAUCCACUUCGAAAGUCACCAGGAUUACAAAAAAUUGAUUUGGAGAGCUCUGGUAUCAUCUCCUUUUGCUGCGAUGGAGAAAAAUCCGUUGAAAGCAAAAUCAGUCCAUCUUACUCGAAAUCGUCCUGCCUUGUUGCAAAGAUUUCAACUGGAUCGGAAAAUUCCAAAUUGGUGUCCAAAG